UGUCAAUAUGAAUAAUGAAAAUUGUAAUUUAAUUGGAAUGCAAUUUAAUUCAUAUGAUGAGUUUGAAAAAUUUAUAUCGGAAUAUCAAAGAAGAAAUAAAUGUGUUUUAUCUAAAAUUGAUUCACGUUUUUUAUUAGAAAAUAGUUAUAAAAUAAAGCCAAACAUGAAAUUAAAAUAUAAAUUGAUACAUUUAGUUUGUAAACAUGGUGAACAUUAUUAUAAAUCACAAAGUCGAGGGCUUCGUAAUGUCAAGACAUACAAACUGGGUUGUCCAAUGUUUAUUCGAGUUGUAGUCUCGGAGGAUAGACAAUUCUUGAUAAUAAAAAAUGCAAACGAGUUACACCAAUAUCAUGAAGACUCAGAUGAAUUCUUCGAUUUAUAUCCUGAACAACGGAGACUAGAUCCAGACUACAAAAAACAUAUUGCCGGUAUUUUAGCUGUAAAAGCGGAUAAAAAAUUAUUACAAGAAAAAAUUAAAAAUGAUACUGGUAAAACCGUUUCAAUUAAAGAUUUACAUAAUAUUAAUCAACAAUUUAACAAAAAUGAAAAUGACAAUAAUCUUAAACUUGCUCAUGAUUUUUUGAAAAGCCAAGGGGCAUCAGUACAUAUACUGGAUGAUAAAAAUACGUGUGUAGGAUUAAGUUUUUAUACACCAGAUAUGAUUGUAGCAAUGGACACUUAUCCUGAAAUGAUUUUUCUAGAUGGUACAUAUAAAUUAUUAGAUAAUAAUUCAACUGUUAUGAUUAUGAUAGUUGUUGAUUCGAAUAAAAUUAGUCGUGUUGUAAGUAUUGGAAUACUUGCUAAUGAAAAAUAUGAAACAGUUAAAUGCCGCUAA